CAGGGAGCGCCUGUGAUGGUUCUGCUGCUGGUGGUCUCUUACAGGACCUACCCUCGGCCGCAUGAGUACCUGUCCCCAUCGGACCUGCCCAAGAGCUGGGACUGGCGCAACGUGAACGGUGUCAACUACGCCAGCAUCACCAGGAACCAGCACAUCCCCCAGUACUGCGGCUCCUGCUGGGCCCACGGCAGUACCAGCGCCAUGGCGGACCGGAUCAACAUCAAGAGGAAGGGGGCGUGGCCGUCCACGCUGCUGUCCGUGCAGCACGUCAUCGACUGCGGCGAGGCCGGCUCCUGUGAGGGGGGCAACGACCUGGAGGUGUGGGAGUACGCCAACAGGCACGGCAUCCCUGACGAGACCUGCAACAACUACCAGGCCAAGGACCAGGAGUGUGACAAGUUUAACCAGUGUGGGACAUGCACCGAGUUCAAGGAGUGCCGUGCCAUCCAGAACUACACCCUCUGGAGGGUGGGCGACUACGGCACCCUGUCGGGGAGGGAGAAGAUGAUGGCGGAGAUCUACGCCAAUGGCCCCAUCAGCUGCGGGAUCAUGGCGACGGAGAAGAUGGUCGCCUACAUGGGCGGCAUCUACGCGGAAUACCAGGACAAGGCCUACAUCAACCACAUCGUUUCCGUGGCCGGCUGGGGCGUCAGCGAGGGCACCGAGUACUGGAUUGUCCGCAAUUCGUGGGGUGAACCGUGGGGCGAGCGAGGCUGGAUGCGGCUCGUGACCAGCGCCUACAAAGGUGGGAAGGGUGCCGAUUACAACCUCGCGAUCGAGGAGACCUGCGCGUUUGGGGACCCCAUCGUCUAGAAGAGCAGUUUAAGACACGAUACCACGAGCCGUCAGAGGGGAUCGUGUCGUCGCGGGCACAGGGUUGGCACCACCACAGCUUGAAGGAACUGGGGGCUGACAAAUUAAAGUGGCAUCUAGUGACUGCUAAGGGCACAGCACACCUGGACCGUGCAGACGGCUGCGGUCCUGGCUGACCACUCCCCACAGGGGAGUGGAACGCGGGGUGACGUGCACAGCUGGCACAGGAUGGUACCCCGGCCUGGUGACCGCAGGGAACCAUCCACCUGUCGAGGAAGUGAUCCACAAGACAAUGAGUUACGUGACCUCCAUUUUCUUCAGUUGAUAGUCUGGUGUUUUCCACGUGGCAGCGCGUGGCAGCUGUGCUCUGUAAUGUAGUAUUUAUCACCAAUUCUUUUGUCACCUUGGAAUCGGGGGUGGAAGGGGAGACGACGAUUUCAGAUCGCCCGAGUGAUAAAUAAAACACAACUUCACACAAGAA